AUGUUGCCUUCAGCUGCCGCAAAGAGUUUUUAUAGAAACUUAAGUAGAUAUUCUAUUGAAAUUAAACACUUCCACCCAAUAUGCCUUGGUGGGCCCAGAACGCUUCGACGGGAAACUUUCAGCGCAUAUAAAAAUGAAUUGUGGAAGAGUGUAUACACUUCCGCAUAUCGCUAUGAUAAAAACGACAAUGAUUCUAAAAAUAAUUUAAAAUUCUCUGCAACUAAUCACAAAAAAAUAGAAAGCGAAAAAAAUGGAGGUAAACCCUCUCCUGAGCUAAAUGUACAGCCCUCAUCCAAGCUACAUUUAGAUGUUGAAGUAUUAGAAAAAAGAAAAGCCCAAAUACAAUCUAGUAACCUUAAGGCGAAGGGAGGUACAAAUGAUGAUAUAAUUGUUAAGACAGAGACUGAUCAAGACAAAAUUGUGACCAAGGUUACAAUAGAAAAGAAAUCAGUACCAGAAAGCAAACCUUUGGCAAAACCAGCUAAGAAGAGAUUGCUGAUUGAUUUCUCUGCAUCCUAUACUGAACGUAAUUUUAUCACUCCUAUGCGUGCUAUGACAGAAUAUUUAUUAAAACAGUCAGACUUGGAAAGUUUACCUAAAGUUCUUAGAAGAUCACCAUAUGAAUCCGAGCCACCAAUUACAGUCCAUUAUAGAAAAGAUGUUGAAGCUAAAGCUGUAGAGGUUUGGGGUUCAAAAGAAGUGCUUGAAAAAGAACUAUUGAGACGUGAGUUAGACAGAAGAAGAUAUGAACAAGAUGUGUUUACUGUAAAGAGGCGUCUCAGAACCUACAGGCGGGAAAUGAGUAGCAAACGUCUGAUUGGCACAGAACAGUUGGGUUUAAAAACUACAUCAGGCAGAGUGGUACUUACUGCAGUAGGAAUAAACGGUUGCAACUUUUUGUUCAAACUUUGUGCAUGGUUCUAUACAGGGUCACACAGCUUGUUCUCUGAAUGUAUUCAUUCUUUCGCCGAUACUGUUAACCAAUUGAUCCUUGCAUAUGGAAUAUAUAAGUCUGGGCAAAUAGCAGAUCCCGCUCAUCCAUAUGGUUACACCAACAUGCGAUAUGUGUCGUCUUUAAUAUCCGGGGUUGGAAUAUUCUGUGUAGGAAGUGGGCUAUCAUUCUACCAUGGAGCUUAUUUUGUCCUCGGUGGUGCUGUCGUGUCUGAGGGCGCAACACUGCUAGUUGCAUUAAGCGCAAUAAGGAAAGGCGCCAAAGAAGCCAAUGUUCGGACAUUGGAUUACAUCAUGCGGAGUUCAGAUCCUUCGGUGAACGUCGUAUUAUUGGAAGAUAGUGCGGCCGUUGCCGGCGUCGUGGUAGCGUCAACUUGUAUGGCGAUAAGUCAGUAUACAGGCAACCCACUGCCGGAUGCUGUAGGUUGUAUUUUAGUGGGAUCAAUCCUUGGUUGUGUCGCAUCGUUCAUCAUUCUCACUAACGUUGGUGCAUUGGUUGGCAGAUCUAUACCACAGGAGCAGUUGGAUGAAAUUAACAGUUUUCUAGAACGAGAUUUUAUGAUAAGAGCUAUUCAUGACGUCAAAGGAAUAGAUAUGGGAAGUAAUCUGAUAAGAUACAAGGCUGAAGUGGAUUUUGAUGGCCGAGCUUUGACGCGGUCCUACAUUGAAAAACACGAUUUAAAUACUUUACUAGAGGACAUCAAAAAAAUAUCAACAAUUGAUGACGUAGAAGCAUUUUUACUGAAACAUGGUGAAAAUAUUGUUGAUAUGUUAGGAGGAGAAAUUGAUCGAAUAGAGUUAAAACUGAGGAAAAAGUUCCCUCAAGUUCGUCACUGUGAUUUAGAAAUACUUUAA